AUGACUAAAUUCGACCAGGCCAAAGCAUACGCACCGCAGGAGGAGGGGACGGGGUUCUUCGACGACGGUCGCGAGAUCGAGCUCCUCCAUUUUGUGUACUCGCACCCAGACCUGGAAAACAUUCGCGGCUCCCCGGAGAAGGUGCUCCAGGCGAUCGACGAGUAUGGGCGCACGAAGAAGUACCUCAUGAACGUGGGAGAGGACAAGGGGCGAAUUGUUUGCGAUCUCAUCGCAGAGGUCAAGCCUAAAGUCAUGGUUGAACUCGGUGGUUAUGUUGGCUACUCCUGCGUGCUGUUCGGCAACGCAGUGCGGAAAGCCGGCGGCCAACGCUACUACAGUCUGGAGAUGAACCCGGAGUUUGCGGCGGUGAUCAUGUCGCUGGUUGAUCUGGCGGGUCUCUCGGAUGUGGUCAAAGUGGUCGUCGGCUCCAGCGAUGCCUCCAUUGCACGCCUGCACGCCCAGGGUCUACUUAAACACAUCGAUCUGAUGUUUCUGGAUCAUUACAAGCCGGCGUACACGACGGAUUUGAAGCUGUGCGAGGAGCUGAAGCUGAUCACUCCGGGCUCUGUCCUGGCUGCUGACAAUGUCAUCAAGCCUGGAAAUCCACCGUACCUGGAGUACGUCCGGGACAGUGUGGCGGAGAAGAGGCGGAAGUUGGGAGCAGCGGUCAAGAGCGAGAGUCUCCCAGGAAAGACCGUGAAUCAAUAUCAGAAGAGGUAUGGGGAGAUGAAGUUCAACCAGAGUCCCGGUAAUCCGGAUCUGGUAUACGAGAGCCGGUUGGUUCACAGUUUUGAGCCCACUGGUGUGCCGAAGAGAGUAUAUGAAGAAACCCCAUCCGCUACCCUCGCAUCGAGUCGUCUUCCGCACGCGGCCAACCUGCCCAGCCACCUUCCCACCAUGGCGAUUUUCCACCGCCACGAGCCGAAGAACAUCCUCCUCAUCCUCCUCAGUGUUCUCUGCCUCCCAAUUUCUGCGACGAUCACUCUUGCCUCUUUUCUCUACAUUUACGUCUCUAAACAUGAAGCCACACGGCCACAAUUACACACGACCUCCCGCCGCAAAACCAUUCUCGUGACGGGGAUAUCCAUGACCAAGGGCCUGACGAUCGCCCGUCUUCUCGCAAAGCACACCCCGCACCGCAUCAUCGCCGCCGACACGGAACCCAUCCCAUUCACGUCGCCAGGCCGCUUUUCUCGAGCGAUCGCUCAGUUCUACCGUCUCAGCUCACCACAGGGCGCGAACACGAAGCCAUACGUUGACUCGCUGCUGGAUCUGAUCAGAAGAGAGAACGUGCACCUGUGGAUCAGCUGCAGCAGCGUCGUCGGCGCGAUCGAGGAUGGCGAAGUCAUGCGAUCGGCGCAGAAGGAAAGGGGGAGACAAUUUCACGCGGUGCAGUUCGACAGUGACGUGGUAAACAAGUUGCACGAGAAGGACGCCUUCAUCGAGUACGUCCAGAGCAUCGGACUGCUGGUCCCGGAGUCUCAUCGCUGCAUAUCCGCCGCGGAAGUUGAAGACAUUCUCACCAAGUCCACCUCACGGAACGGUACCGAGAAGCCCAAAGGAGGGAGCAAGAGAUUCAUCCUGAAACCGAUCGGGGUCGACGACAAGGCUAGAGCCCAGAUGAUGACGCUGCUCCCUUUGUCCGCAGGACCCAAAGCCACCGCUUCCUACCUGUCGACGCUGACCAUCUCCCCGUCCAACCCCUACAUCCUCCAGCAAUACAUCACCGGCCCGGAGUACUGCACACACUCCCUCGUCGUCGGCGGAGAGGUCAAGGCCUUCGUCUCCUGCCCCUCCUCCGACCUGCUUAUGCACUAUGCCCCUCUUCCUGCUGACUCGACCCUGAACACGAAGAUGCUCGAAUUCACCAAGCGCGUCGCCGAGGAGGGCGGCGAGGAAUUUACGGGUCAUUUGAGCUUCGAUUUCCUGGUCGAGGGUGAAGGGCAGGAUGCAAGACUCUACCCGAUCGAAUGUAACCCGCGUGCGCACACGGCAGUGGUCCUCUUUCAGGAGACGCCAGCCAUGGCGGAGGCGUACCUGUCUUGCUUCGAGUCGGAGCUGAGCCUGCGUAAGCCCUUGGUGGUGCCGGCGAAGCCCACGCAUAGCUACUACUGGAUCGGGCAUGAUCUGGUUACUCUCCUGCUCAUUCCAGCCCUCACUCUUUUGUCUGGGCAGGGGAGUGUGGAAGAGGUAAAGAGUGGGCUCGAGACGCUGUGGCAGCAUCUCGUGCACUGGCGGGACGGGACCUACACGGCCUGGGACCCGGUGCCGUUCUUCGUGUUGUAUCAUGUGUAUUGGCCGAGUCGGUUCUUGGAAUCAUUGGUAAGGGGGAAGGAGUGGAGUCGAAUCAAUGUUAGCACGACGAAGAUGUUUGCUUGCUAG